UUUAUUUUUGCUGUUGCUGUUUUUGUCUGGCUACGAAGAAAGCUAUCUCAUUUGGCUAGUUGCUACGACAUAUAAGCUGUUACAUUCAAUCCCUUGUAUUCGUGUUGUUCUUGCGUUUCACGAAUCGUAAUCUGAAUCUUCUUCUCCUACUACUUCGUUCGUUCGGGGUUCUUACAUGCCGUCGAACAUUGUUGAAAGAUUUGUGAAAACUUGUCCUUUUUGCUACUUGGGGGUGUGAUUUACGUUCAAGAGGUUAAAAAUUGUUACUUGGAAGGUGCUUGUAUUGAAAUUUCCAAGUAUAGUAGAGCGUGUUGCUUUUAAUUUGUAAAAGAGAGAAGAGGAAAUGGGAGUUCUCGAGCAGGUAGCUAAUCUUGCUUCUAUGCCCUUUGAUCCUCCCAGGAAAAGGAAGUCACGCGGAAGACGAGAUGUAGCUGAGAUUCUUAGGCAAUGGAGAGAGUACAACGAGAAGGCUGAAACAGAUUCUUGCAUCGAUGGUGUUCUUCCUAAACCAAUCCGAAAGGCUCCUGCUAAAGGUUCUAAGAAGGGUUGUAUGAGAGGUAAAGGAGGACCUGAAAAUGGGAUUUGUGGCUAUAGAGGAGUUAGACAGAGGAUAUGGGGGAAAUGGGUUGCUGAGAUCCGUGAGCCAGGCCGGGGUAAUAGGUUAUGGCUUGGUACUUUCUCUAGUUCACAUGAAGCUGCAUUGGCUUAUGAUGAGGCUGCCAGAGCUAUGUAUGGUCAGUCUGCCCGGCUCAAUCUUCCUGAUUACACGAAUGGCUCUUCUUCGACUGCUGCCACUGUGUCUGGCUCGGUCACUGCGUUUUCAGAUGAAUCUGAAAUUUGUGCACGUCAGGAUACAAAUGUGCAGGUGAAACUAGAGGAUAGUAGCGAUGAAUAUGUUACCUUAGAUAGUUCUCAGUGUAUGAAAGAGAAGCUGAAUGUAAAAGAGGAAGAGAGGGAACUUAACUCGGUUAAUGCUUUUGGAAUUGGGCAGGAAUCGAAAAAAGAGAUUCUGGAUGAUUGGGUAAUGGGAAAUGGCAAUGAUCAAGAACCAUUGGUCUUUGAUAUGGACGAAACGUUUGAUAUCAAUGAGCUGUUGGGGAUAUUAGACGAUAACAAUGCUUCUGGUCAAGACACAAUGCAGGGUCAAGUUGAUAGACAGCCAAACUUCAGUUACCAAAUGCAGUUUCCAGAUGCUAACUUUCUCGGGAGCCUCAACCCCAUGGAGAUUGCUAAUCCUGGAAUCGAUUAUGGGUAUCCUUACACGCAGCCGAGUGAAAUGGAGAACAAUGGUAUUGGUUCAGACCAUCGAAGGUUCGAGGAUCUUGACAUACAGGACUUGGAUUUUGGAGGGGGAAAAGAUGUUCAUGACUCUACUACAUAAGAUCUCGGAUUCAUAUGACUGGCCUAAGUUUCUGAUUCUGCUCCGAGUUAUACUAUUAGGCUAGAAGCUGACUCUCUUUGAAGCUGCUGAUACUUUCUGAUGUUAAUGGUUUUGAUGCAUAUAGUAAAUGUGGUUUAGAUAAUGUAGGACAAGUUCGUAUAUGAUUCCUUGUUUCUUUUUCUUGUGAAUAUGAUGUUUCAAACCUUUUGGAUUUAUAGGAAGUUUUAAACAUUUGAUAUAAGAAGUUCUAUUUAUUUAUUUUAA